CCACAAUCUUACUUUCACGUACCUUUUCCCAGUUCUGGCACGUCAGAUAGAAGCAAUGAAUCUACAAAUGCUCAAUUAUCUGGACAUUUUGCUAUGCGCUUCGACACUGAUCAUUCUCUACAAGCUGUCCACCCGCCUGACAAAGCGGGCACCGUUCUCACACCCACCGGGUCCACCAGGAUACCCGCUUAUUGGGCACAUCAAGAUCCCUAAGGAGCCGAGUUGGGAGGUCUACCGCGACUGGAGUCAUCAAUAUGGCUCGGACGUUAUUCACCUUAACCUAGUCGGGACACACCUUGUCGUGCUCAACAGCCUCCAGGCAUGCACAGACCUGCUAGAGAAGCGGUCGAGCAUCUACUCCGACAGGCCAACAGUAGGCCUGACCAUGCUUUGCGAACUGUGCGGACUCGGCUGGAGCUUUGGGUUGCAGCAGUACGGCCCCGAGUGGCGCGACGGUCGCAAAGCAUUCCAGUCGCAAUUGCACGCGGGUGCGAUGCAGAGACAUCGCCCCGCUCUGUUGCGUGAGAUACACCGCUUCCUGCGUCGGCUAUGCGCAGACCCGGCAGAGUGGACACACCACCUCCACCUGAUGUCGGGCGGUCUCAUCAUGUCUGUCGCAUAUGCUAUCGAUGUUCAAGAGAAGGGCGACCCAUAUCUGGCGACAGGAGAGCACGCUAUCGACUGCAUGAGGAAGACAUUAACCCCCGGCGCUUACCUCGUCGAUAUUCUUCCUUUCCUGAAAUACGUACCGGAGUGGUUCCCGGGAGCAGGCUUCCAGCGCGAGGCAAAGGCAUGGCGUAAGUCUAUGAUGCACGUAUACCACGCACCAUACGAUGCUGUAAAGGAACGUAUGGCCAAGGAUCCAGCUGCAAUACCGGAAUGUGUCGUGAAGUCCUUGAUAGAGAACAUGGUCGACACUGCGGAAGAUCCCGGAUACAUGGAGCGAGUCGCCAAAUCGGUCGCUGGUGUAAUGUAUAUUGCUGGUUCUGAUACAACGCUGUCGAUCAUCAUGUCCUGCAUCCUUGCCAUAGUGCUCUACCCUGAUGUCCAACGACGCGCGCAAGAAACCAUCGAUGAAGUUUGCCAAGGCCGCCUCCCGGACUUUUCGGACUACAGCUCCCUCCCAUACGUGCAUGCGCUGGUGCGAGAGAGCCUGCGAUGGAACCCGGUGGCCGCCCUGAAUCUACCGCAUAGAUGCAUUGCCGACGAUAUCUACAGGGAAUGCCUCAUACCCGAAGGCUCCAUUGUAGUCGCCAACAUCCAGGCAAUCCUCCACGACCCCGCAGUAUACCACCAUCCAACGACAUUCAACCCUGAGCGCUUCCUACACUGCACGCCCGACGGUGAGCUUACAUUGGAUCCAAACGUGCCCGACCCGUCCCACGUAGCUUUCGGGUUUGGUCGGCGAGUCUGCCCCGGGCGUUUCAUGGCAUACCAGUCCGCAUGGCUCACGAUAGCGAGCAUUCUCGCUGCGUUCCGAAUCGAGAACGCGAAAGACGAGCGUGGGGUGCCUAUCGUGCCGAGUGGGGAAUAUGAUUGGGGCUUCACGGUCCACCCGAAGCCUUUCAAGUGUGUUAUACGCCCGCGCUCGAAGGAGCACGAGACGCUUGUCGUGGAAACUGCCAAAACCGGCGAGAUAUGAAUGGCUUGGUGGGCGCCGUAUUACGAGAGGGUCAGCGAGCGUGGCAAGGCACCGUGCAUCUCUCCAGGUCUAAUGCAGCGGCCCAUUGUCGCGACACAGUGUACUCUUGUGCCUGGCGUACCUGCACAGCAUGUCCUUCUGCCAUAUUGCUCUUCUACAAUUCAAAAGUCGCGCCUGUUACGCAUUGCAGCAAA